ACAGAGAAGUCGAUAGAAGGGGGCGUUGACCCAUGUGAUUUUUAUGUGACUUAAAUUUUUUACCACGUGACUGGACAAAAUGGAAGUGUGCAGGGUGUUCGUUGCUGGAAAGAUUUUACUAGUUUUCCUUACAGUUAUCUUUGGUUUUGCGGAGUGUAGGAACUUUACCAUUGAUUAUGCAAACAACACUUUUGCGAAAGAUGGAAUCCCUUUCCGCUAUGUGUCGGGUAGCAUCCAUUACCAACGAAUUCAUCCAGAUUACUGGCAAGACAGGUUGAUGAAGAUUAGAGCAAGUGGUCUCAAUGCAAUUCAAACCUAUGUACCAUGGAACGUACAUGAGGUGGCUCCUGAUCAAUACAACUUCACAGGAUGGUCAGACCUUCCUCGAUUUUUGAGCUUGGCUAAUGAGCAGGGUUUGGUUGUGCUUUUAAGGCUAGGACCAUACAUAUGUGGUGAAUGGGAGUUUGGUGGGUUUCCAGCUUGGCUUCCAACAUUAAAAAAGAACAUGAUUCUACGCUCGUCAGAUCCUACAUACCUGGACCGAGUGGACAAAUGGUUUACAGUUUUGCUGACUACUGUAAAACCAUUCUUAUAUGAAAAUGGUGGACCAGUUGUUAUGGUUCAGAUUGAGAAUGAAUAUGGGAGCUACUUCACGUGUGAUAGCAAUUACAUGCAUUUUCUCUACAACAAAGUGCGCCUCAUUCUUGGCAACAACAUUGUUGUCUACACAACUGAUGGUGAUGGGGAUGGUUAUCUCAAAUGUGGCACUAUUAAAGAAGCAUAUGCCACUGUCGACUUUGGUAUUACGUUCAAUCCAGAAAAUGCUUUUAAGCCUCAAAGGGAUCAUGAGCCAAAAGGUCCUUUGGUGAACUCUGAGUUUUAUACAGGUUGGUUGGACCACUGGGGCAGUAGCCAUUCAACAACAAAAAUAACAGAUGUUGCCAAGUCUUUGGACAUGCUACUAAACUAUGGGGCCAAUGUUAACAUGUACAUGUUUGAAGGUGGAACUAACUUUGGCUUCAUGAAUGGGGCAAAUGGCCCAUCCCUCCAACCUGUACCAACAAGUUACGAUUAUGAUGCUCCACUGAACGAAUCAGGGGAUGCCACAGAGAAAUUUUAUGCUGUCAGAGACAUUGUAUCAAAGUAUUUAGUUCUUCCACCUGGACCUGUGCCUCCAGAUACACUAAAGGGAAAUUAUGGACAGACUAAUAUGGUGUUUGUAUCUACUAUUCAAGAUGCCUUGUCCACACUGUGUCCAGAGGGUCCUAUAAACUCUAUUUACCCUCUGUCAAUGGAAGAAGUUCAGCAUUACUAUGGCUUUAUCCUGUAUCGAUAUAAGUUGAAAACCAGUGUGCAAAAUGGACUUCUGGAAACAGACGGAGUCAGAGAUCGGGGUUAUGUAAUGGUAGACCAGCUACCAAUGGGAAUUUUAAACCGAAACAUAGUAACAAAGGUCAACGUAACAGGAUCACCUCUGCAGUAUCUUGACAUUCUUGUUGAAAAUCAAGGACGUAUUGGUUAUUCUUCAUCAAUCAAUAACAAUACAAAGGGUAUAAUUUCUAAUGUCACACUUAAUGGUGAGGUGCUUACUGGAUGGGAAAUCUAUCCUAUUCACUUUGAAUACAUUGUAGCUGUGUCCAAAUCUUUGCUAAGGUCAAGGCCUAAAGUGUCAGGAAAUCUGAAGACGCCUUCAAUAUAUAAGGGCAAAAUUAAUAUAAUUGAUGCACCAGAUGAACCCAGAGACACCUUUUUGGAUAUGAGACCUUGGGUAAAGGGUCAGGCAUUUGUGAAUAACUUUAAUCUGGGUCGUUACUGGCCUCUGGAAGGUCCCCAGGUUACUUUAUAUGUUCCAGCCCCAGAGCUGAAAAAAGCAGGAGACAAUGAGCUGUUUCUUUUUGAACUUGAAAACUCUCCAUGUGAUAAUAGUGAUUCCUGUUCAGUAACCUUCACUGACACUCCAUACAUCAAUGCUCCACCUCAUCCAAAAAAAACUUUCAAGCAGUAAAACCUUUUGUGGAAAACUGGGCAUCUCACAAAGUGCACUGAAAAUGUCAUUAUCUUUUGAAAAGAUUAUUCUUUCAUUUCUUAUAGUCUGAUGAAAGAAAAGUGUAAUUUGACAUAUUUUACAAUGCACUUCAUAUGACGAGCACAUAGUUUGCAGUUUAAAAAUGUUCCUGUUUUUUUUACUAACCCUGUUUUUGAGGGUUAUCAUUUAGGGUACAGUGUAUUUCAUAAACUAAUGUAUACAAUUUGCUUACAAGUUUACUCUUUUGUAUCUGCCAGUAUUGUAUAAAUUUAUUAUCUUUAUAACAUUUAACACUUUUUAUGACAGUAUGACAGUCUUACCAUAUCAUAGACAAAAGCUGCAAUUUGAAGGUGUAUAGAGUAUGCAUAGACAGUUUAAAGAUCUACAAUUUUGCUAAAAAUAAAUAUAGAUAAUCCCAUCAAAAAUUAAUUGAGGAUGGUGAUACGUAUAGUGUACUAUAUGUGUUAUCUCUGAUGUGAAAGAAGAUUAAAUACAUGUUGACUGCCAUGUUUGAUGAGGUUGGUAAAAUCCUUCACAAGAAAUAUCAGCUAGAUAAUCCAACUAUGAUGGAAAUCGUCCUUAAUUUUGUUAUAUACAAAAAUGAGUGAGAUCUCAGGUCCAGCAUGAUGCGUUCUUAAAAUGCAGCGAUCAUUGGUCUCAGAUUUGGAACUCUUUGCUUAUAUCUCUUCAUUUACCCCAAGUACUUUUUUGUCCAUAGACUUAUACUGUUAACAAUUGGUUAUCUCUUAUCAGUAGCUCUUGCUAAUAUUCAUGAUAUAUCUAAACCCUUGUUCAAGUAAGCAUUAAAAUGGUGCUUCUUUCUAAUGUUUGUAUGCUAUACCAGGACAUACAAUGAAAAAAUUGAAUUUGCUAACGGUCAUAUGAAAAAUGUUGUGGUUUGUGAUAAUUCAUUUCCAGACUCCAUACACCCAGCCUUCAAAUUUUCACCAAAACUAUGUGUUGUUGGCCAUAUCAUGGUAAAAUUUCUGUAUAACUAUAAAUUUUGACUGUGAUAAAUUUCUAUUUUUUAUACAUUUAUAGGUAAUAUAUUGAUAAACAUUCCAAAUGUCAACUGCUGCAGUGACUCUCACAAAGAUUUUGUCUGUUGCCAUCAAGAAUUUAAAUUCCCUUUCUCACGAGACACAGAAGUGGGUAGCUUUCUUCAUAUCAUUGAAUGAGAGGCUAGGCAAAAGUGGAAUGAGUUUUUUUGUGAGAAAAUUCCUUGUAUGAGAAAAAAUCUGCUCAAUAUUAGACUGAGAAAAUUGCCUCGGCGAAAAAAAAAAAACUCAAAAAGGGAGUGAAGAGAGUAAUGCAGCUACAGCAGCUAUGAAGAAAACAGAAACAGUAGUCUGUAAUUCAUGUUUGAUAUGGGCUCUGUUAAAAUGGAGGCUUUUAUCUGGCACAGGAAACUUCACAACUUACACUGGUGUUGCUAAAGAAUUGUCAGAGGGUACAAGAUGCUAAAUGAGUGGGAUUCAAAAAUCGAAAUAAAAAGGAAGCUAAAAAGGAA